ACAACGCUUACACAAAAGGGCGUUAGAAAAGCAAACGAGCUAACCAGGGAUGCGUUCAACCAGACCGAGCAGAAAAACGUCCGUUAGACCGGUUUAAUCGCUUAACGGUAAAUCAAAUGGCGACAUCGGGAACCAAUCAAAUAAGUACGCGAACGUUAGCAAAACGUUAACUGGCUGAACUUUGGGCAGUUACUUGCAUUCCAGCAUAGUGUGCCGUGACUGCAUUAGGACACGCUUGAGUACACAAUCUGACUCUACACUGUGAACUUUCCUUCAGCUGAAUUACCUGCUGGGUGAUUUCAUGGGUUUUUUAUAUUUAGAUCUAGGAAAUUCAAGACCAACAUUGUUUAUUUAAAUUUGUACUCUAGGAAGUGCAUGAGUUUAUAAGGCGUAACGUCGUGUGUUUUUUAGUGUGAUAUAAUGCAUUACUCGGGUAGAUGCAUUGCUGGAGUUGGCGCGGUGUGUGGUUUGGCGUGUAUAGGGAUUGGUGUUCUUAUCGGUUACUUCGCCAGAGAUGCGUCCGUUCCGAACAAAGAGCCAGAGACUGCGUAUCUUAAAAGUUGCCGUGGUGAAUGUCAGACUCAAGAGGACCAAGUAAAAUCAUGCACGAUCCCGUAUCCUGGAAACUACGUCAGUUAUUACUUACACGGAAAGACAAUCACAAUAGAUGGGAAACUUGACGAUGAAGCGUGGAAAGAAGUGUCCUCAACGGAGAAUUUUGUAGACAUUCGAGGCCUCGAUUAUCCAGCUCCUCGACUUGAGACUAGAGUGAAAUUACGCUGGGAUGAUACAAACCUGUAUGUUGGAGCUUACCUGCAGGAACCUCACGUAUGGACAACUUUCACCGAGAAAGACACAAGACUUUACAAGAAUAAUGCAUUCGAGACUUUCUUUGACGUUGAUGGAAGUAUGCAAAUGUAUAAAGAAUUUGAAAUUAACGCUUUGAAUACGACCUGGGACCUAAUGCUCACAAGGGCUUACAUGGACGGGGGUGAUUUCGUGGACUGGGAGGGGAUUGCUGACAAGGCGGUCUACACAGAUGGGGUCGUUAACGACCCGUCAAGCAAACCUACGUUUUGGUCCUUGGAAGUGGUUUUUCCCUUUGUCAAUCUGGCUGAAAACACCACGCGGCACUCUGGGCCAGCCGUCGAUGGUGAAGUUUGGUUCAUGGUUUUAGCGAGACCACAAUAUGAAACUGAAGUUGUCAAUGGUAAAUAUCAAAAGGUACCUGGCUCCAAGGCAUCCUGGUAUUCAUGGGUUCCAGUUGGUGCAGUGAACUUACAUUUACCCAGCAAAUGGGGUCUGUUAGAAUUUAGUAAAGGUCAACCACAGAAAAAUCCCACAUUUUCAUUCAGCAGGUGGACCACCUACCAAGCAUUAUUCGACAUCUUCAAUGCAGAAAAGACAUUCAAUGCCGUAAAUGCUGGUUAUGUCUCUGAUCUGAAACUGUUGACCCUUCCUCCAUACAUCACCAGUGGCGACUGUGUGCACACCAUCAAUGUGCAGGUUAAUAACGAUCAGUUUGAAGUCACCCUCAGAUCGAAGACAGAACCGCGAGUCACGGCUCACAUUAACAAUAACAGAACUGUGUGGUUUACGUAAUACAGUCGGCUAAAACACGAGUAGGAACAUCUUAGUUGUAGUUUUGUUUAAUUCAUAAUUCCAUAAUCACCAUCUUUAAAACUAUCUUAAGUUUGCAUACAGACGUGUGGAACAUAAAUGUCAGUAAAAUAAUAUUCAGAAAACCUUUAGGAUUAUUCUUGAUAAAUUGACAUUGAUAAAUACAUACUGAUUUUCUCUAAGGUACAGUAACAAAUAUAAUGUGUAGCAAGCAUGUCUAGGAGUACAGUGAAACCUCUCAAAACCGGACCCUCUGUACACUAGAAUUCCCUCAAAAUGGGACAUUUAUCACGGUCCUUUAAUAAAAUUCAGUACAGCACUCAACUUCUCUAAACCAGAUACCUCUUAACACCGGACAUUUUACUUGGUUCCGAGGGUGUCUGGUUUAAAAGGGUUUCACUGUAAUACCCAUUGAAUCUGUAGUAUCAUACACUUGAAUCAAUACACACCAGCAUUUCUGUUUUUGAACUACAUCAUGUACCUACUACCAAAUAAAUAUAACCUUUUGAACAUUAUUUACUUCAAUACUUAAGUCAUCUAAAACUCAGUAUAUACUAGUAUUAGUGAAAACCAGUCAUUGGUUUGUGGAGCCAAAUUUACAGCCUUCAUUUCACAUCUAAGAAAAUGCAUUUUAAACAACCUAAAAUGCAUUUACACAGCAUUAUAUGCCAUAUAUAUUUUUCCUAUUGUUCAUAUUCUGUAUUGUUUUAAAUAGUGUAUCUGAAAGCCGUGCAAAAGAUUAAUUUUUGCUAUAUGUAUUACCUUCAUUAAAUAAAACAAUUUCAUUCAAUAAAUAAAAGGCAAUUUUAUAUAAUGUAAAGCCAACUUUUAUUAGCCUAUAAAAACCAAGUUAUAAAAGUAUGCUAUAAAAUAAUGAAAAAGAAGUGGGUUUGGGGUUUUUUGUUUUCUCAUUUAUUGCUUACGAGAUAUUCUUGACUGGUUCUGAAGACGAUGGUUGGUCAUGGUUCCUGCUCCUAUCUGAAUAUUAUAAUCAGAAUAUAUCUUUUCAUGGGUACUAUCACAACUAAAGAGGCUUAAACAACUACAGACAGAUAUGUACACAAAUGUCAUAUAUAUACUCUUCAAAAAAAGUAGAAGAACCUGAAAUAUUAAUGUUAAUAUCAACUAUUAGACCGAACAUAUGUUUUGACCACAGACAUCCUAGUAAAUAACGUUCAGGUUUGUUUAUCAAUGCACCAAAACACAUUCCAUAGUUUGCACGUGUAUCACGUGCUUGGGGUGUCAUUCUCAAUUUUGACAAUUUCCAGGAAGGUCCAUUAAUCACUGUGGGACAUUAUUUCUGUCAAUCUUUUUCAUUCU